AUGUUAUAAUCUAGUAAUAAUGAAACCACUAAUUAACAAUAUAAGUAAGUAGUUGAAAAGUAUUAACGUUACUUGAAUGAGAGAGCUAAACUGAAAUAAAGGUCGGAAGAUAAGUUAAGCAUAGCAGUCAGAAAAAUUUAUUUGAAUCCUCUUUUACCUUCCUUAUAAUCUGAUCUCUAUUAAGAGACGAACAGACUUACUCAAAGACAGUCUUCUUUGCUAAAAGAAUAGUAUUCUUAAUUUAAACAAGAAUCUAUAGACACAAUCACCAAUAACAUCCAGUCAUCGAUAGUCACUCCUAUUUUGAAUUAUGUAGGUAAAAAUCAACAUCGCAAAUCUCAAUCCAAUUUGGAUGGUUCUCAACAGCAAGGAUUCUUUAAUGGACUCUAUAAAACCAAGAAAGUAGAAUAUCAGUCUAGAAAUAUCACAAUCAAGGACUUAACUUAGAAUAAUAGAAAUUCCUUAGAAUCAUGUCAAGACAACCGUACUCAUCUACCCUCACUAUAAUAACCAUAGAAUGAGAUGAGUAAGUAUGCAUCUAGGAAAAAUACAUCAAAAAAAGUUUUACCUGAAGAAAUCGCAUUUACCAAUAGAUGGGAAAGAGAUCGGGGAAACAAUGUAGUGAGAAUUGAUAGGUUUUAAGUUGAAUAAUUAAAUAAUGAUGUUUUUGAUUAUAUCCUGUCUUAAGACAUAAUGAAAAUGUUUUUUCAAAACACCAAUCUUAAUUAAUUAAAAAUCGUAUUGUAAGAACUACUGAAAGGGGUUUAUUAUGAAAGCAUCAUUAAUUUUGAAUAGAUGAUUUAAUUUUUUACUUCUCUUCAAUUCACUUAUCUAGAAAUAUUUUAUAUUAAGUAUGCCAUUGCUCAAGUGUUAAUGAAGGCUAACUACAACUAUCUAUUUAUUGAAAGAGCUCUGAAUUAAUUUGAGGAGUAUCGAUAUUUAAUUUAAAAACCAAUUCCUUUUAUUACUAAGCUUUUUGACAAUGGCUUUUAUUCAAGUUUAGCCAAGGAUCUAAUGCUUAGAUUACUGAGAAGUGUUGCCUAUAAUAAAUUCUUACAAACAAACAGGUUUGAAAGUGAACAGUUCAUUGUUGCAAUUAAGAAUGGGCUUUUCCCCUAUCUAGUUGGAGAGUAUGUGGCAUUGCCAUUACACUCAAGAAUAAAGGAUGUUAAAGCUGAAUUAUUUAGAUAGCAAAUCCUUAAGCCAUUUAUUAAUAGUACUUUUAUUAUUCAAGUCAAGAACUUACUUGGCGAAUAUAACCUAGAAGACCUGUAUAUCAAGGAUGUAGAACGGAGAUUAUUAUUCCCAAGAACGGAAAUGGAUCAAUUCGAAGAUACUCAUUUUCCUUUGCAUUACAUGUUAACUUACAUUUAAUGUAAGAAUACUCUUAUCCCUUCUUAUGACAUUAAAGCUCUGAUUAAAGUAAUUAAAAUAGAUCCAAUCAUUACUGAAUCUGAUUCUACUAUUUUUGUAGACAACGUAAAAUAUCUUUCCAAAUUUGAAUAAAUAUAAGAUGAUAUUUAAGUAUUCUUAUGA